AUGGGGAUCUUAGUGGAUGAGGAGCUUAGAGAGCAGGUGGUGGGGGUUAAAAGGGUUAGUGAUAGGAUAAUAAUGAUUAAGCUGGUCAUUAGGGGGUUUUCACUGCACAUGUAUUGUGUUUGUGCACCACAGAUGGGCUUAGCUGAAGAGGAGAAAGUGAGGGUUUUGCCUGGAGCUUUUGACUAUGUGCAUGGAGGUUUUGGAUUUGGUGAUAGAACUGAUCAGGGAACUGCUCUAUUGGAUUUUGCAAGGGCCUUUGGGUUGGUAGUGGUGAAUUUGAGCUUCCCGAAGAAGGAGGAUCACCUAAUUACCUUUCGAAGCGUGAUAGCCAAGACUCAGAUCGACUUUCUAGUGCUUAAGAAGGGGGAUAGGGCUCUUUGUAAGGACAGUAAAGUCACCGAGUGGGCAUCUUUCAACCCAGCACAGGCUUCUGGUGAUGGACUUGACUAUCAAGAAGGGCAAGAAGAGGAGGGCCGGAGAGGGUCGGCCUAG